GCUUACAGACAAAACUGAGCCAUUCCCAGACAAAGCAAUACAAAUUUACAUAGAGGCAAACGGGGAAUGUAAAAAAGCUCAUAUAUAGAUUUAGAGAGAAAUGCCCUUUUAGUUUUCUUCACAAUGGAGAUGGAUUUCUCUCUGUCUUUGUAGAUCUAGCUUAAAUAAGUACAUUGUAGGAAAAACCCAGCAUUCUUUUUCGAGAUAAAAAAGUAGUUCUUUAAUUGAUACAAAGAAAAAAAAAAAAAAUUGGUCCAGGAAAAAUGAGAGAUUGCAAAGUUCUUUGUUUUGCAAUUGCUUUGGUUUUACUAUGUUUUCAUGGUGGUGUUAAUGGUGAAGACCCAUAUAGAUUCUUCACGUGGAAAGUCACUUAUGGUGAUAUUUAUCCCCUUGGUGUUAAACAACAGGGUAUCUUGAUCAAUGGCCAAUUUCCAGGGCCUCAGAUCGAUGCUGUUACAAACGACAACUUGAUUAUUAGCGUUUUCAAUGGACUGAGAGAACCAUUCCUCAUUUCUUGGAAUGGUAUACAGCAGAGGAGGAACUCAUGGCAAGAUGGAGUUUAUGGGACUAAUUGUCCAAUCCCACCUGGGAGGAACUUCACUUAUGCUCUCCAAGUAAAGGAUCAAAUUGGCAGCUAUUUUUAUUUUCCAUCAUUUUUAUUCCACAAAGCUGCUGGAGGUUUUGGGGGCAUCAGAAUAUGGAGCCGUCCUCGGAUUCCAGUUCCUUUCCCUCCUCCUGCUGGAGACUUCACAGUGCUGGCUGGGGACUGGUUCAAGACAAAUCACUAUAUUUUGAGACGGCUUUUGGAGAUUGGUCGAAAUCUUCCCUUCCCCGAUGGACUCCUUAUCAAUGGCCGAGGGUGGAAUGGAUACACUUUCACUGUUGAUCCAGGAAAGACUUAUAGGUUCAGGAUAUCUAAUGUAGGGCUGACAACGUCCAUCAAUUUCAGAAUUCAAGGUCACUCCUUGAAACUGGUGGAGGUAGAAGGGUCUCAUACACUUCAGAAUACAUAUUCCUCACUUGACAUCCAUCUUGGGCAGUCUUAUUCUGUCUUGGUCACAGCUGAUCAGCCUGCUAAGGACUACUACAUUGCUGUUUCUUCACGUUUCACCACUCGGGUUCUCACCACCACAGCUAUUCUUCACUACAGCAAUUCGCAAACGGGAGUUUCUGGUCCAGUACCUGGUGGACCAACCAAUCAAGUAGCUUGGUCCCUUGACCAGGCCAGAUCCAUUCGUUGGAAUUUGACUGCAAGUGGGCCUAGACCAAACCCGCAAGGUUCAUACCAUUAUGGAAUGAUUAAGCCAAGCCGGACAAUCAUGCUAGCAAACUCUGCUCCUUAUAUCAAUGGCAAGCAGAGGUAUGCUGUCAAUGGUGUCUCAUUCGUUCCCCCAGACACUCCAUUAAAACUCGCUGACUAUUUCAAGAUACCGGGAGUUUUCAAUCUUGGAGGCAUUCCUAGCAGCCCCUCAGGGGGAAAUGCCUACCUUCAGACAGCUGUUAUGCAGGCCAACUUCCGGGAAUUUGUUGAGAUUGUGUUCCAGAAUUGGGAGAAUGAAGUACAGUCUUGGCAUAUUGAUGGUCAUGCCUUCUUUGUGGUGGGGAUGGAUGGAGGACAAUGGACUCCGGCAAGUAGAACACGCUACAAUUUGAGAGACACGGUUGCACGUUGCACUGUUCAGGUCUAUCCGAGGGCAUGGACCGCCAUCUACAUAGCUUUAGACAAUGUGGGAAUGUGGAACAUAAGAUCAGAGAAUUGGGCAAGGCAGUACUUGGGACAGCAGUUUUAUCUGAAGGUAUACACUGCUUCAAACUCAUGGAGAGAUGAAUAUCCAAUUCCCAGAAAUGCUCUUCUUUGUGGCCGAGCUAGAGGUCGGCACACUAGACCUCUCUGAAUAGAUAAACCUUUUAAAACAAACUUUGUCACAAGAGGGUGACAUGGUUUUGCUGAUCCAGGACUAGAAGCUUUCUAUGAUUUUGCGACAAAUCAUUUGCCAGCAAAGAGCUCUGCUCGAGCUUUCAAGCUAAUAUCUUUCUAAUUUUUUAUUUUUCCUGAAUGGGAUUAUCUGAUUCAUUUACUUUUCAAUGGGGCAAGCUUCUUCUUCCAUAAUUUUAUUAUUAUUAUUAUUA